AUGUUCACUCAACAACUCCUCGCGCUUACCGCGCUUGCGGCCUUCACAUCCGCCCACAGCUGGGUUGAAGAGUACCAAGUCAUCUCAGACAAUGGCUCUUACACUGGCCCUCUCGGAUACACGCGCGGCUUUGUUCCACGGACAGAUCCAACCUUUGACGGCUUCUCUAUGAUGUGGCUGCAACCAAAUGCCUCCGCACGCAACGAUGAUGGCACAACUCGCACUCGUAUCGACUCUACCGAUUAUGUCUGCGCACCACAGCAGCGUAAGCCGACCUACACUUCUGGCUACCCGAAACUCCAAGUCUCACCUGGUGACUAUGUCGCCAUGAAGUACCUUGAGAAUGGCCAUGUCAGCCUUCCAUGGAACAUUACUGGCAAGCCCGAAAGUGGAGGCACAGUCUUCAUCUUCGGCACGACCAAGCCUUCCGAGAAUGAGCGACUCGCCGAUGUCAUGCAGUGGAACAAGGAGGGCACGAGUGGCAACAAGAAUGGUUUCUUGCUCGCCGCGCAGAACUACGAUGACGGCCGAUGUCACCAGAUCAACUGCGGAAGCAUUUCCCAGCAACGCCAGAUGCUCCAGCCAAAUCAUGCGCCAGGCCAAAUGACCUCAACUCUUGAAUCCUGGUGCGAGUCUGAUGUGCAGAUCCCCGAGAAAGCUGCCAUCGGCACUCUGACCAUAUACUGGGUCUGGCAGUUCCCCACAGCACCCAACGUCGACUGCAACCAGCCCGCCGGCAAAGAUGAGUACUACACCUCAUGCGCCGACUUUGACGUGGUC